AGCCCUGCUCGCGCUCUCGCUGCUGGCACUCACGGCAGCUCGCGCGCUCUCUGCGCACAUGCGCACACUGCAGAGACCGAGAACGAAAAUACCCGUUUUUCCUCGCAAGGGUGAAAGGAAAGGAUCCGUGUUAUUUUUUUUUUGUUCAACACCACCAGCCUUCCUGUACGCACACGCUGUUUUGUCAUUAAACACGUAGUCUGAAGUAGUUUCGCUUCGUUUUGUGUUGUCGUGCUGCCGCCAGACACGCAUUUUGUUUGUCGGCUUUGUUAGUUAAAUCGUUGCCUUCACAGACACACACAAUCUGUGAGCCGGUAGUGGCGUUCCGAGUUUGGUUCGAGGAGCAGUAGAACCUUUCCAAAAGCAGCUCUUUUUACGCUAGCGAUGGUUUAGGAAGUGUCGCUGUCAGAAGGGACAUGUUCCACAGCACAGUGCAGUUUGGUUUGCUUUUGUUUAGUGCAAAACUGUGACUCGCGUUAGCGUCGGAAGCCUUCUGCUGGUCCUUCACCAACCGCCACCGACCUCACCAUGUCCACCAACAAAAUACACAAGGUGUUCCUGUACAGCUUGGCCAUCUCGCUGAUAGCCAUCUUCAUAACGCUCGCCAGCAAAGUGUUCCCGAUCGCCAAUCUGCCGCUGAGCACAAAUCUCAUCAUCGUCGGCACCUGUCUCGCCAACUUUGCCUCCGUCAUAGCGCUCAUCAUCGGGAUAGUAACGCGCCGGCCCCGAUUGGUGAAGAUCGUUAAAAUCUUCAGCUACGUACAGCUGGGUGCUAUUUUCGUACUGAUCUGCCUUGCCGCCGCCCUGCUCUACUUCGUCCGGGUGGACGUGGAGCACACCGUCGAGCCGGUCGUGCGACAAAAAUCGUGACACGCGGAGUCCAACGACCCACGGAGAUGAAUUAUGGAGCUGACAAGAUUCGCCGCUCGGCCAAUGGGAGGGAAAAUGGGGACAAACUAUCGAAAUAGGGAGUGCUGUGUGUGUGUGUGUGCGUGCGUGCAUGUGUGAUGUUUUGUAACGGAAAGCGAAAAGUGGCAAUAAAUAUAACGCCCGUGUUACACACGCCGGGUGCGCAAUCAAAGCAA